AUGAGGGCGGUUUUUGAAGGAAUUUUAAUUUCGCCAAAGGUUCUUCCAGAACUGGUGAAUUUAAUAGAAUUGGAAUUAUCCGUGAGGAAUCUUAAUCAGAAAUAUGAAGAACAAUUGAAAAAUUCAACGUUUUCUAAUCUUCAAGUUCUUCAUAUAGGAAACAUUUCUGUCAAUACCAUGGCCAUUAUAAUUGAAAAAACUAAUGGUCAUGUAAGAAAGAUUUGGGUUGAUGACUAUAAAUUCUGCAAUGAUGCUGAAAGAUUAAUCCUUGCUAUUUAUAAAAAUUGUUCUUACAUUGAAGUAUUAUCGAUCGUUCUUUAUAAUCAUAAUUUUAUGGAAUUCGAAAAGCUGCUUCAAUCUUGUGGUCAUUUAAGAACUUUAUAUAUUAAAAUAUUAAGCGCGAGAAAGAAUGAGCGUGAAGAUAGGAUGAUUUUAUCAGAAAUCUUAAAAGAAUCCGCACCAGCUUGUUUAAAUAAUAUUACUUAA